AUGUGGGAACGUGGAAAACCGGCCAGUGGUACGAAACGUGUACGAAAACCCUCAAAUACCUUAAAUAAAAUUGGUAAUUUAAAAGAGGACGUACACUUUCCAACAAAGCCUGCGGGGGAAGGCCGCUCUCCGGCGUGGAUCUGCGGAAUCCCGGCUGACUCGAAACCAGCCAGCGGGAGCCCGGGCAGCAGGGGUCAAGAUCGGAACUGGAGCCCAGAGCCCCUCGGGCCCCAGAGCCCCAAGCUUCAUUGGAGGUACUCUGGGCGUCUUCCCUGGAGAGGUGGAGGGAAGGAAGGAACCUCCGCGCUCCGGGCGGACUCGGCGGUGCUCCACCCGCCGCCCCGCUUCCUGAUUGGCUUACGGCCCCUGCCAAUGAAAAGUCUGUUCUGCUGCGCCGACCCUAUUAAACCCUAUGGUCUCGCCAGUGACAGGCCGGGCUGGUACCGAGUUUCUCAACGGGGGUGGGGGGGUGGGGGCUGUGCAGUCGACCGGCGCUUGCUGAAAUUCAGAUUCCUGGACCCUCCUCUUUCCUCAGAGCCUGAUUUAGCAGGGAUGUCCCUCUCUCUCCAAGCCAGAGUUUCUGGCAGCAGUGGAACCCCCACCCCACGCCAGGCGAUGGCUGAGCCUGGAGAGCGACUGCCGGAGGAGGUGCUGGCGCUCAUCUUCCGCUACCUGCCCCUGAGGGACCGGGCUGCCGCUGCCAGGGUGUGCAGAGCCUGGGCUGCUGCUGCCACCUGCAGUGCUGUGUGGCAUGACACGAACGUCAGUUGCGACUGUGAGGGAGAAGGCACACUGCCACCGUAUCUGUUCUCCUGCCUGGACCACGUUCACAACUUGAGACUGGAAUUUGAGCCGUCGAAGGAGCGCAGCCGCCGGGUGGCCACGGAGCUGCUGACUGCACUGGCGGGCCGUACCCCAGGGCUUCGAGGCCUGCAUUUGGAGUGCUGCGGAGAGAAGCCACUCUUCGACGCAGGGCGAGACGUCCUGGACGCUGUGCACACCAUCUGCCGGGCUGCUCCAGCGCUGCGUCAUCUUGACCUGCGGCGCUUGCCCUUCACUCUGGACGACGCACUGGUGCUGCAGGUGGCACACGGCUGCCCCGAGCUCCGCAGCCUUUUCCUGAACAACGGUACUCUGGUGGGCAGCGUGGGGCCGGGCUCCGUGCUCGAGCUACUAGAGGCCUGCCCGCGCCUACGCACCCUCGGCCUGCACCUGGCCAGCCUGUCACACCCCGCCCUCGAGGUGCUGGCGGCACCACACCGUGCGCCUUUCGAGCUCUUGGCUUUGCGGUGCGCCUGCCCAGAGGACGCACGCGCCCCGCCUCUGCCCAACGAAGCAUGGGUUGCGUUGCGCCACCGCCACCCUGGACUGAUUGUGGAAGCGGAAUUAGAGCCAGCACUCUCUGAUGAGAGCGUGACUCGUGUCCUGCAGCCUGCAAUGCCAGUGGCUGCGCUGAGUCUCUGCCUCUCUGGAGACACUGUAGGUCCCGUGCGUUUUGCAGCGCUACACUAUGCGGCAACCUUGCGGGUGCUCGAGGUGCGCGCUGCCGCCUCUGCGGAGCUGGAUGCUACUCUGGAGUUGCUCGCAGCCCGCUGCCCGGGCCUUCGGGAAGUGCACUGCUUCUGCGUGGUGCGACCCUCUGUCUUGCACGCCUUCCGUGCGCAUUGCCCGCGCCUGCGCAGCUACACGCUCAAACUAAAGCGGGAGCCACAUCCUUGGAAGCCCACGCUUGUGGAUUGAAGGGGCAAGCCCUCUCCCGCCCCUGCUUGCCCCCAGCAGACUCCGGAUAUCUCUUGAUACCCUCCUCCAACGUCAUUCCUCUGUGAACGCUGUGCUAGCUCCCGAGGCCCUGGAGUGGGGUGGGAGAAGAGGGCGCAGGUGCAGGCCAGGGGUGAGUGUGAAAUAAAUCCUGCAGUGUCUCA